CCGGCAACAAUAGGAAACGUCAAAAGUCGGACAGUCGGCAGCUCUGGCUGCUGCAGCUUGAGGUACGCUGAGUUCAAGGGGUCCUGUGCUGCUUCUGGUAUUCUCACCGCUGAUACCUCCACCGGCGUGAACAAGUAAAGUUUGAACCGGCUUCUCCAUGGCCUGGGCACCAGUUCCCGGCUGAGCCAUUUUCUUCUUGACUAAAAGCCCCCGCCCAGAGGCCGAUUCGUCGCGGCGGCGGUGGGGAUCGCAGGUCGCUCAGGCUUGCAGAUGGGUCAGGGGCUGUGGAGAGUGGCCAGAAACCAGCAGCUACAGCAAGAAGGUUAUAGUGAGCAAGGCUACCUCAGCAGAGAGCAGAGCAGGAGGAUGGCUGCCAACAACAUUUCUAACACCAGUCAUCGUAAACAAGUCCAAGGAGGCAUUGAUAUAUAUCAUCUUUUGAAGGCACGGAAAUCUAAAGAACAGGAAGGAUUCAUUAAUUUGGAAAUGUUGCCCCCUGAGCUAAGCUUUACCAUCUUGUCCUACCUGAAUGCAACUGACCUCUGCUUAGCUUCAUGUGUUUGGCAGGACCUCGCAAAUGAUGAACUUCUCUGGCAAGGGUUGUGUAAAUCCACUUGGGGUCACUGUUCCAUAUAUAAUAAGAACCCACCUCUAGGAUUUUCUUUCAGAAAAUUGUAUAUGCAGCUGGAUGAAGGCAGCCUCACCUUUAAUGCUAACCCAGAGGAGGGAGUGAACUACUUUAUGUCCAAGGGUAUCCUAGAUGAUUCAUCAAAGGAAAUAGCAAAGUUUAUCUUCUGUACAAGAACACUAAAUUGGAAAAAACUGAGAAUCUAUCUUGAUGAAAGGAGAGAUGUCUUGGAUGACCUUGUAACGUUGCAUAAUUUUAGAAAUCAGUUUUUGCCCAAUGCACUGAGAGAAUUUUUUCGUCAUAUCCAUGCCCCUGAGGAGCGUGGGGAAUAUCUUGAAACUCUCAUAACAAAGUUCUCACAUAGAUUCUGUGCUUGUAAUCCCGAUUUAAUGCGAGAACUUGGCCUUAGUCCUGAUGCUGUCUAUGUACUGUGCUACUCUUUGAUUCUACUUUCCAUUGACCUCACUAGCCCUCAUGUGAAGAAUAAAAUGUCAAAAAGAGAAUUUAUUCGAAAUACCCGUCGUGCUGCUCAAAACAUUAGUGAAGAUUUUGUAGGGCACCUUUAUGACAACAUCUACCUUAUUGGCCAUGUGGCUGCAUAAAAGCACAAUUGCUAGGACUUCAACCAUUAACUUCAAACUAAAGUUACCCAAGGACUUAUUUAGCAGAUAUGGGGGUUACAUUAGUGCUGGUCAUUCUAGCCUCUGUAUACAAUCAAGCUCGAGUGUACACCUUUUUUUCUUUUACUAUUUUCUUUUUUAGUAAUUUCCUUGGGGAACUAAAGAAUUUUACAGAAUUUUUCUUAAUUUCGCUUAUCAUGUUUUGCACAAAGCAGAGCCAUUGUCUGACACAGCUGUUUAAGAAUGUUAAACUGACAUUAUACUCUAAAAGGUGGUGUAUUUGUGCAUUAGAUUUGCUUGAAAAACUACUCAUUUUCAUUCUUUUUUAAAAUACCAUGUAAUGUGUACAUAUUUAACUAAAGAGAUUUAUAAUCAUAAUUAUUUUAUUGUAAAGAUUUUAACUAAAGCCUUUCCUUUUUCUCUCAAACUGAGUUCUGAAAUUUAUUUGAUUCUGAUCUGAGCUUAUUACUGUCUUCAUAAAAAUUGGAUCUGACUUGGAUAAAAACCAAUACCAGUUUCUCCUUCCUUUGAACUUUGAAAAGAAUAUCGAUUUAUUACUAGUAAUAAGCAAAACAGGCACUUAUUUUUAUAAUAUAAAUUCGUCACUUGACUUUCCAUUUUUAAAAAAGUUCUCAGUCAUUUCUCCAUAAGUCCUUUAAACUACUUGAGAUAGCAAAAUGUGUUAAAAUCUAGCAUUCCCAUACAUAGGAACAGAAUGUUAUUAAAACAUAUCUCUUGUAAUUAGUCAAAAUUUACCAUUCUCUUACCUUGAUAAUUUCUGUUUAGAAUCAGUUGAGAAAGGGGUAUUGUGAAAGAAUAAAUUUUCUUCAUUGAUUCAUUCAAAUAUUUACCAAGGACCUUCCGUGUACUAAACACUCCGCUAGGUAGUAGCAAUACUUAGACAUGGGCCCUGCCUUCAGGGAUGUUACAUGAUUGGUAACGAAAGGAAAAAUACUGCUUCUUAGAGAGCAAAUGUAUGAAGCAUAGCUUAAUUAACAAUUUUUUAAUUAUGAAACACAUAGCAUCGAAAUGAUAAAGAACAGUAUAUUUAUAUGAUAAGUCAGAAGUUCCUGGAAAUACUGCUAAGUGAAAAGCCUCAGCUUUGAAAUGAGACACUAUGUGAUGGGUAGCACUGCUAGUUUAGGGGUGCAACUUGGAGGAUUAGAAACUUUUGCUGGAAGUGUACAGUCCCAGCUUCUUUCCACAUCUGGUCCUAAGUAAAUAGUGGUUGGUCAUAUUACAACUACAAGUGAUGUCCUACAGAAUUUUCAAUGACAAGACAUAAGAUAAACAAUUUUGAAAGUCACUUUAGACUGGAAGUAAACAAGUUCUCAGGUCUUGAGGAAAAUACCUAAAUUUUCAUAUUUGCAUAAUUUUGAAUUCCAUGACAAAGUAAUUCUUGGUAAUUUUUAACUUCAAAACUAAUUUAUUGGAAAGUUUCAGAAGACCAACAAUAAUGAUAACAUUUUAUCGUUUCUAUUUUCCCAUGAAUGGCAGGCAUCUUGCCCUGUCUCCUUUUCUUUUUUCUUUUUUCUUUUUUCUUUUUUUUCUAUCCUUUAGGUUCUUUCUACCUCUGUUUUAGCUUUACUCUCUUUUCUUUCCUUCUAUUUCUUUUUUUGUAUCCUCCAUUUCACAGUUUUCCCCUUUUUCCUGUUUUAUGUUUUCCACCCUGACCUGAUUAUAAAUGUAGAUUGGCAGUAUUCUUUUUUUAACAUUUUCUUAUGAAAAUUUUCAAACAUAUAAAAAUUAAAAUAUUUUACAGAGAAUGCAUAUAUAACCACUAUGUAGAUUUUAUAAUUAAAAUAUUACUGCAUUCACUUUAGCACAUAUUUUUCCAUCCCUCUGUCUGUCAGUCAACCUAUCAUUGUUUUAAUACAGGUAAUACAGGUUUCGGACAUCACAGGACACUUUCUUCCUAUAGAAUUGAACUUGUAUAUUGUUAGCUAGAGAUCCACUUUUUAAUUUUUUUUUCUUUAUAGGUAAAAUUUACAUUCAGUGAAAUACGUAAAUGUAAUUAAUGUACUAAUCCAUGAAUCUUAAUAAAUGCAUACACUUGAGUAAACCAAGCCUAUAUCAAGAUAUAUAACUUGACAAAACCUAUUUACAGUUAAUAUUUGCACCACUUCACUUAAAAUAUAGAAACCUUGUAACCAUAUAGGGGUGUUUACCCACUUCCUCCAUUUGUUACAGUUGUCAUAUGAAUUACAGAUAGCAUACAUUACAAACUCCACACUGUAAUAAUAUGCUUUGAGUGGUCAUAUACACUUUAAACAACAGGAAAAACGUUUGUUUAUAUUGACCCACAUUAUCAUUUCUAAUGAUUUUAUUCCUUUCUGAAAAUCUGAGUUUCCUUGUAGUAUCAUUCAUGACAGCCUGAAAAAUAUUAACAUCUAUGACAGUUCAGGUCUGCUGGCAAUUAAUUAUCCAGUUUCCUUUAACAUGAAAAUAUCUUUGUUUUGUUUUCCUUUUUGAAGAAUACUUUUGCUGCGUGUAUAAUUCGCGUUGACACUUUUUUCCCUCCUUUUGCACUUUAAAGAUAGUCCUCUGCUGUCUUUUGGCCUCCAAUGUUUCCAGUAAGAAGUCGAUAUAUCCAAAUCGUUUUCUCCCUGUGUAUAUAAAAAUCCCAUUUUCCUCUGACAGUUCUUUUGUCAAAUAUUCUUCAGUCUCAUUUUUUUCUCCCCUUUUACACAUAUGCUAGAACUUUUGAUAUCAUCUUACAGAUUUUUUUAAAUCUUUUUUUCCUCUCUUCUUCAGUUGGAUUAUUUCUCUUGAUUCUGCUCUGGGUCGCUGACUCUUCUAUAAUCAUUCUUCUUUUAAGCUCAUUCAGUGAACUUUUUUAAUUACUAUACUUUUUGGUUCUAGAAAUUCCUUCAAGUUUUUAUAAUUUAUAUUUCUGUGCUGCUGAGAUUUCCUAUCUUCAUUUACUGCAAGCACAUUUUCCCUUACAAUCUUGAACAUAGUUAAAUAGCUGCUUUAAAUCUUUAUCUGCUCAUUUCAUCUUCUUCAAUUGUCUCUUCUUUUGAGAAUAGAUCACAUUUUCCUGUUUCUUCAUAUGUUAGUAAUUUAAACUUUGUCCUGGACACGGCAAAUAAAAUAUGUAGAAACCCUGUAUUAUGAUACAUUUCUCCAAAGCCUUUUUUUUUUUUUUAAGCUGGAAGUUAACUGGCAGAACUCAGUUGCAAGCUCUUGCUCCCCUGAAGUAGCUCAAAUGUCAGGUCCCUUCUUUAACCUGGAAUCUUUUUUCUGUGUGUACAUACUUCAGAGAGAAGCCAGAGUUUGGGGCACAGUUCAUACACAGAAAUUAGGGCGCUUGCUCUUCUUUACUUGCCAUUAUUUAUCUCUUCAUUUUCUUGCAGUUACUAUUGCCCCAAACUCUGCCCCACGGUUCUUCAAGUCCGUAAAGCGAAAGCUGCUAUGAUGCAGACUGGAGGCCGCCCUCAGGCAAAAGCCAAAAAAUGGGAAAUUCAUCCCACGCUUUUCUCUUCUCCCACGUAUUCUUUUCAAUGUCAGCCUGAAAAAUAUCACUGAGUCAGCCUUUAUUUGGGUUGCUUCCCAUUUCUGUCCUUUGUCCAGAGUUUGUGGUUUUACCUGUUCGAGGGUUGGUCUGAAAGAGCUGCUGGGCCAUCAUUUGACGUAGAAACCUCUUUCCGUGGGCAGCAUUCUUUUUACCACUUUCUGUGCUUACUGAAUAGGGAUUGAUUCCUGGUGUUUUAAAAACUAGGUGACUAUAAAUUUAAAUGUUUAUUUUUUAAAAACCCAUCAUAAUAAACAUUUACUGAAUGCUUAACUCAAUUAGAAAUUCAGUGUUUUCCAGUGGAGGUCCCACUGGUUUUGGGGGAAGGAUGUUCACUAUGGGAAACUGUGCCCUAUAGUAGAGAACAUCAGCAUGCCUGGAUUUUGCCUGCCAGAUGCCAGGAGCAUCCCUCGGUUAUUGUGACAUACAAAUAAUGUUCCCACAUGUUUCCAGUUGCCUGAAGUUAGAAACUAGUGGAACUUCUUUCUGAUAAAACAAAUUUAUCUUUCUAAAACACAGGCUCCUUAUGACACAUCUGUUUAAAGUCCUCAAUGUCUCCCUUUCUACAAAAUUAAUCCUCCUAAGCAUGGCAUAUAAGGCUGUACUAUCUGGGGGCAGCUGGGUGGCUCAGUUGGUUGAGCAUCUGACUCUUGAUUUCGGCUUGGGUCAUGAUCUCAGUGUCCUGGAAUUGAGCUCUGAGUCAGGCUCCAUGCUCAAGUGG